GGUCCCGUGGGAUACUUUUCGGGGGCACCGCCGUACACGGCACGACCUCUGGCGCGUUUGCCCAGACGUCGUCAUGGGUCAAACCCAGGGCAUUGAAGAAGGUACCCCUCCCAUCACUCCCCCUGAAGUGGAAGUCAACCGACGACGGAAGGACUACUUGCACCGCCUGGGCAUCAAGAAGGAUCAAGAGAGCUAUGCUGCUUUCCAUCCUCCAACAAAAGCGGCGGAGGCACCUGAUCGGCUUGAACACACUCCAAGCAAGGGUGUCGAAGCGGAUGAAGAUGAAGGUGACUUCGAGAUGAAUACCCUUGACCUCCAAAGUCAGGACGAUUUUCGGGUGACCUAUCUCCGGAAGUUGGCAUAUUCCAAUGUGUGGGUGCCGAAGGCGCAGAAGUCCCCACAGCAUCAGACGGUGAUCAUCUUUGAUUGGGAUGACACCUUGCUGUGCACGUCCUUCCUGAAUCUCCGCAACCAGGAAUCAAUGCUGUCUCCAACCAUUGAGCGGAACCUAAGGGACAUUGAAGCGGCGUCCAAGAAGCUCUUGGAACUGGCAAAACGUAUGGGGCAAACCUUCAUCAUCACCAAUGCCAUGAGCGGCUGGGUUGAAUACAGUGCAGCAAAAUGGGCACCGAAUCUCCUGGACACUCUCCAGCGAGUUCGGGUGAUUUCAGCUCGAACAAAGUUUGAGCCCGAAUUUCCGGGAGAGGUGAGUAAGUGGAAAGAGAGUGCCUUUCUUGAGGUGCAAAAGCAGCUGGACAAUGAGAUCAUCACCAACUUGAUCUCUGUAGGGGAUUCCAACUUUGAGAUGGAUGCCCUACACGUCAUGGGAAAGCAGUUCGCACAGGCCUUGGUGAAGACCAUCAAAUUCCGGGAGAAUCCAUCGCCUGAGGAGCUCUUGAAGCAGUUGGAGUUGGUGACGCAAAAGUUUGAGAAAAUCGUGGAGAAUGCGCGCAAUCUGAAGAUUGGGCUGGAAAGAAAGUGGGUUGGGAAUCCACAGCAUGCCUAAAGUGGCUGAGCAGAAUCGAAAGCUUCAAAACCUCCUGAAUCACCAUGGACCAUUCACAGGCGUACAGGCUGUGACAGGGGGCAUGUGGAUUUUCCGGAGUCAGGCGCAUUUCUGUGCCACAAUACGUUUUGCUAGCUUUGCUGUUAAGAUGGCAGCCAAAUGCCGUAAUUCGGCGUUUACACAGCAUUUUGAUUUGUAGGUUGCAUGGUACAACGUCCAUCGUUACGUAGUAAAGUCGAGCACUUGGGGAGACUGAAAA